AUGACAACAAGAAGCCGUACGUUGCUCUUUUUACAAUAUCGAAAUUCUUUUGCGAGAUCCAGUCACUCUCGACCUUCAACGACCUCGCUAAAUUAUUUAUCAGGGGAACGUGAUGGUUUAUUAGUCUCCGAUCACGUUAUAGAACUCUCGGUUUUACCACCAAACUGGGUGGAUAUAGUUGAAGAGGUUGACGAUGAUAUUAGUCAAAUAAAAAGUCUUAUUCCAACCUUAGAGUCAUUACAUAGAAAACAUGCACUACCAGGAUUUGACGAUCGGACAGAGGAAGAGAGAGAGAUAGAACGUUUAUCAUCGGAAAUAACAAAACUUUUUCAACAAUGUCAACAAAAAAUUAGACGAAUCGCUGAUGAAAGUCGAAUAGCAGCUUCAAAUCAAGAAACAACCAUGAGUAAAAAUAUACAAAUUUCAUUAGCAACAAAAUUACAAGAUUUAUCAACAAAUUUUAGGAAACAACAAUCAGCUUAUAUGAAAAGAGUGAAAGUUCGAAGUACGGGAUUUUUCCCAAUAGAGAAUAAUGAAUCAGAUGAAGAACAGGGCUUUGGUUUUACAAAUGAACAACUUGCAUUAACAGAAUCAUCAGAAGCAGUGAUUUCACAACGAGAACAUGAAAUAAAUGAAAUUGCAAAAUCAAUACAAACAAUAGCAGAAAUAUUUAAUGAACUUCAAGCGCUUGUAAUUGAUCAAGGUACAUUAUUAGAUCGUAUUGAUUAUAAUGUUGAACAAAUGGUAGUUAAUGUUAAGGGAGCUACUAGAGAGUUAGAUCGGGGAGCCAAUUAUCAAAAGAAAAGUAGGAAUCGAAAAAUAAUACUUUUAUUAUUAUUAAUAAUUUUUGGAUUGAUCAUUAUCCUUAUAUUUAAACCUCGUAAAAAUUAA